UCGCUCGCUCGUUCGCGUCCAGCGGGGCGUGCCUGGCACGCGCGGAGGCCGCCUAGCUGACGCGGUCGCGCAAGCAGCAGUAGAAUGAACCCAACCCUGUCUAGCCUCGCGCGCCGGUUCCGCGGAUUCGAAACGGGGCGCCAGGUAGGCGUCGUUACUUAUCGCUCUGAUUUUCUAUGAGGCAGGCGUGAUGCGUUCAGUAUGAUUUCUUAACCGUCACAUGACCUCUGUGGCUUGAUGGAUAAUUCAAAAGCCGUUAUUGCAAGUUGAAGCGCAUCUCUGGUGUUUUCUCUUCUAAGCGACCUAAAGUCCGGCUAACGGCACUGUAGGCGCCGGUCUUUGUUAACAAAUUCACGUGUGCCGCCUUGCCGCGCCAGCUGCUCGACUACACAUGUGUAGUGCCAACGCGCCGGUGAGACGUGACCUCGAGUCGCUGCCGCUGUCGCCUACAAUUCUUGACGCCUUUCGAGAUCCACUAAGCUUUUCCUGCUGCGCCCUGACUGCCGGCUCGUCCGAGACACCGCCGCGUCCUGUCCUUCGCGGCCCACUCACUCCGAUUAGGUUAGAUGCGGAGGAUUUUGUCAGUAGCGCGUCUGAACUUGGGUGGGCGAGAUGCCGGGGGGAAGGAUGUCAAGCGUUGUUGGUACCAUUCCCAGGACAGAGGUCAACGAGGGAUCAGCAACAGGGUGUGAGGGUGUGGCCCAGCGGGGUGAAGAAGAGCAGGACGAUGAAGGGGAAGAGGAUCUGCGAGAGGGCAGCGCAGUGCUGUUCGUGAACCGCGGGGGUCUGCCCGUGGACGAGGCCACAUGGGAGAGGAUGUGGAGGCACGUGGCGCGCAUCCACCCAGAGGGCGAGGACCUGGUGAGGAGGAUUAGAGGAGCCAACGACCUGCCUAAGAUUCUCAUACCAAGUGUGCCUACAUUCCAGCCAUCAGCCUCCACCUCUGAUCGCCUAGAAGCAAUACAGCGAUUUAUCAGGGAUUUGCAGUACAAUCACACUGGAACACAGUUCUUUGAGAUUAAGAAGAACAGACCUCUCACUGCGCUGUUAGACAUUGCUAAGGAGAUGAUCAGAGAGGCUCUGCCAAUCAAGUGCUUGGAAGCCGUGAUUCUAGGAAUCUACCUUACCAACAGCAUACCAGGCCUAGAACGUUUUCCUCUCAGCUUUAAAACCCAAUUCUCAGGGAAUUACUUCCGUCACAUUGUACUUGGGGUGCACAGCGGGGGACGCUUUGGAGCCUUGGGCAUAAGUCGACGUGAGGACCUGAUGUACAAGCCUGUGACCUUUCGGACACUGAGUGACCUGGUGCAGGAGUUUGAUGUCGCCUAUCACAGGUACUGGCAUACACUGAAGAAAGUGAAGAUUGGUCAGUACGUGUCCCAUGACCCCCACAGUGUUGAACAGAUUGAAUGGAAGCACUCAAUUCUAGAUGUGGACAAGCUGACACAAGAGGAGUUGCGCAAGGAGCUUGAGAGGCAUAUGCGAGACAUGAGGCUGAAGAUUGGAAAGCCUGCACCGCCUUCACCCACCAAAGACCGGAAGAAUUUUGGAUCUCCUCUUCGAAGCCAGUCCAGCCCUCACCGCAGAAACAGUCGUAGUGAAAGACAAUUGUCAGGUGAAAAGAAGCUCGCUGACCAGAAGUCAACUUCUGACGUCAACAGCUAUCAAAUCAGAGUGUGACAAACCAGCAACAGACCUGACAAAAGAGGCUCCAGGAGGCACUUUAUGACUUUGAACUGAGCAUCACAAGCCCAAGGAUCCAGAAUGAAGGAGUAGCAAAGCUGUUCCUACCCAGAUACAUAUGAUCACAUGGUCAGCUUGUUGUUUACACGGGCAUUCCUCUUUUUUUUAAUUUUUUAAAGAACAAAGCUGCAUCUGAACAUUUUUAAAGGCAAAGAUAAAAGUUGCAAAGAAGUGUAAGUUUUCCUUUCAGUUGUUACCAAGACAUUUAACAUUCCAAAUUGUCACAACCUAUGGUACAAUAUUCUAGGGCUGACUGUCUUGGAAUGUUUUCCGUGUUUUAAUAGUAGAAACCAUUCUAGGUCACUUUAUGCCCUGUACUAUUUGGCAUGUGCGUAUCAACUUUUAAAGGUUAGGAUAAUAGUGAGCAUCAGUUUAAGCUUUCAGUGUCUAGAACAAUCGGCUGUCACAUCUAAGUGACCAUUGUGACUGUAGUUGCUAUGACACCUUUCUCCUUUUGGCAGGAUAUUUUUCUAUAUAUGUUUGAAUUCUUCCCUUUUGUUUUAAAAUAUUGCAUAAAUGAUCACAACUACCUUUCACACACUCACAUUGUACACUACUUUACUAUUCACAACUCCAUAUUUUGCACCAGUCAGCUGUACUACCUGUCUAAGACUGGUUGAAAUCUGAGUAACCAACUAGACCUCAGCGUUAACAUUUGCAGUCCACCAUGCAACGCAGUGUUAAUGUUUGUGAUGUGCCAUCUGUUGGAAUGACAAUUGCAAUGCAUUUUACUACUAAAAACGUUUGUGAUGUGCCAUCCGUUGGAAUGACAGAGACGUAGCAACCAGACUGGACAGACACACAGACACCUAUCCUUACAUUAAAGUCUUAAAGUGGAAGCUACACCUCAUCAACAAUACUUUAAUUUUUUUCAUCUUCAUAUCUGAAACAGCAAGUAGCCUGUCAUAAGCAAGCAGAUAAUGUAAAUUUCCAAGACACAGAUUAGCCUGUUGUCUGCAGCAAGUAAAACUACAGAAAUAACACUGGCUAAGCCUCACAGAAACACAGUGUAAAAAAAGUAGUUGGAUCAUAAAGUUAAAUAUAGUAUGUUCGAUUUUAUUUAACUAAGAUUAUUGUGUGCAAUGAUGAAAAUCAAUUUUAAAAGUCUGUAUUAGUAUUUUCUAACGAGUUAUUUAAAGUACUUGUGAUGUUCAUUUUAAAUGGCACCAAAUACUGUAAAUGUAGAUUGUUCCAUCUGUGUGGUUAGGCUACUGAAUCAGUGGAGCAAAGUGAAUCUGGAAGCCUCUCCUGUUUUCAACACUCUACAGUAACGCAAGUAUGGAUUUUCUUUAAGGCUGUAAAGCGUAAACCAAAAUGAUCAGAGAUGCUUCUAGAGUGGGUGACUCACAUAUAGGUUCAGCUGGUAUGCAUAAUAGGCCAUGUCUCAGUGUUUAAGUGCCAUUGUGCUGUAGAAAGUGAACCAGACGUUCGAAACAAUGAACUUCUCUUUCAGUAGUCGUGCCACACAUACAGUAUACUGUGUUUAUUAGCUGGAACGAGCCAGUAACAGGCUGGCAUUAAAGGUGCUUCUUUGAAUCCAUUGCCUUCCUGCAACUCUUAGCAAGCAACGGAAGUCAUUUUGCACCAUUUGUCCCCCAUAUCACUGAUGGAUAAUGCAUCUGUAUUUUUGGUGCUUUGAGCCAGCAAUAUUAGGGAUGGUACACUGAAGACAAGAAAAUUCAGCUUCAGCUAGUGGAGUGUUUGUGAGUGUGCUUUGUGGCUGCUGGUGCUUUGAAAAGUACAGUGUUGCAGUGACAGUGCUUCUUAUAUAUUUUAAAUACAAAAGUACUGUCUGACAAACAAGUGUACCUUACUGUAUAGACACUGCAGUAUUUACACACUAUUUAUGUUGUGCCCGCCACAGUGAAAAGAAUUCUCCAUUUGCAGGUUAACUGUAUUAUAAAGUAAAAAAGUCUUAACAGGGUUACUACAGACAUGAAACAUUUUGGGGAGCCUUUCACAGGCCCACAUGAUAAUACUAUGACUACCAUUACUACUUCUUUCUGCAGUACUUGUGGCUAAAUAAUCCAUCAAGUGUAGCUAUAAUCGUCAAGAACAAGAGUCAGCAAGAAAAAUGAUUCUUCGUUUUUCCAAAGCCUUGUAUGGUUAAUGAGUAACAGAUACUUGUGCUAAUUGGGUACUCAGAAGGUACAUAAUGGCGUAGUAGUGGUAAGCUGACCACUAACGGGGAGGUACGGUUUCCUCCCCCUUACCAGUGAUGAGGGUUUAUCAUACUCAUACAGUACUUAAUCUCCAUUAAUUCAAUUCAGGGUCCAGGUUCAUCAUCAGGUAUCGGGUCUUCAAAAAAAAAAGAUUUUCUGUGGACACAUAAUAGGUUAUAAUAAUACUCUGAGUAGGACUUGGUGGGAGUGAUGUUUGCUUGAAGUCAAGUAGUCCAAAUUAUUUUGUCAUGUGCAGCCAUACUUAGUAGGUACAGGCCCAGAAAACGGCAAGCAUUCUAAUCUAUGACAGAGAACUAAACUAAAAGAUGUAGCAGGAAGAUGUUCUGUUCGUACAAAGUUAAUUCUGGGGCUGCCAAAAUACUUAAUACCACUUUAUUGGCUGGGAAACUGUUUUUCUAUUGCUAGCUGAUAACACUAGUGUGAAUGAAAUAAACAGUGCACUUGUCA